AUGCCCGAGAGCCUGCCGGCAGAGAUGAGUGCUUUCAUCUGGCAUGAAAAGGAGUCCCGGCGUACAGCCCAUCAACGCCGCAAGCAGGAGCGGGAAGUCAAGGCGCAGCAGACGCAGGCUUUUCUCUCCAAUGUGACGAGCGGCGUGGAGCCACCCCCUUUCGAUCUCGUGCUCGACCAGAGCGAACGACGCCUCCGUGUCCCGUCCAGCUGCAUGGGCAUGGUUAUCGGCAAGAAGGGUGAGCACCUGAAGUCAAUCGAAAAAGACUUCAAAGUAACCGUCAAGAUCGAGAAGGAUGAUGCUAGCUCUGACAGCAUCCUCCUCGUCUCGGGCUCCUCAGCAGCGGAGGUGGCUGCGGCCGUGAAGGCGCUGGACUUCGACAGCAAAACCCUGGAGGUGCCCAAAGAAAUCGCAGGAUGGGUCUGCGGCAAGGCUGGCCGGCAUUUGAAGCUCAUCCGGGAGAUGACCGGUGUAGCGGUGUUGAGCAUGAAGGACUCUGCCGCCUCGGAGGAUCAGGGAGAAGCCCACGGUGAUGGGGCGAACCCGUCACGAUGCUCCCUGGAGAUCAAAGGUCUCCGGGAAAACGUGGAGGACGCAGCCAUGUGCAUGGAGGCUCACAUGAGCUACCACUCUGUCUUUCAGGAGAUGGAGCAGGUGGAAAAGGAACUUGACCAACGGAUAGCCGAUGCACGGGGGCGCCUUUCCAGAAGGGCGGUGUCCUCGCAAACUGGGACUGGAGCGUCGCAAGCGCGGUCAGACUCUAGAGGUGCGAAGGGACGGUCAAAGUCCCCAGGCAAGCGGCAGCCCAAAGGAGGUGCCGGGCCUUCGCCUGCAGCCACGCAGGUGAGAACGGGGCGCAUCUGGGCUGGAGCCGCCGAAGGUUCGGCCGCCAAUCCAGUCGGCGCAGCCAAAGGACGAGGACGAGGGCGUGGUUACUUCAGCAGUGCCAUCGGAGCAAAGCUACUGCUGGAAGAGACCCGGCCACAACUGCAGCUUUGUUCGGCGGUCUGCCGAGCUCAGGGGGGCACGCAGAAAGUUGCGCUUCGCCGAGUGCCCACGCUAUCUCGGGCAACACGAAACUUCUCCGAGUUCUCUGCCUCAGAUGGGCAGCAGCUUGAGGUGCUGGAGCAGGACGCUACCGGGGAGUUUUUUCGUGUACGUGCCCUUGGGGCGAAGCGCUAUCGAGGUGAAGGUGUCGCGUCAGUGGCGGAGGGCUGGAUUCGACACGUGUACUUGGAUUGGCAGUCCGGAGUCUCGCUGCCCCCGCCGCGGAUGCCACCCGCAUUUCUGGCCGAAGGUGAGUCCUUUCUUGACGGUGUUGGGGCUGCGAGCCACUGGAACUGGAAAGCAUCCACGAUGGCCCAGACAGUCAUCGCGACCCAACAGGACGCAGCUGUCUCAGAAGAGGAUUGCUGCAAGCAGGAUCGCCAGCCGAGCGUUUAUGAGCUCUUGGAUGAACUGAUCAGUUUUGAUCGAUCCACACUGACCAAGAUUCUCGCCGUGUGUGCCUCCACGCUUCUGCUCGUCAGCAGCAUCUUGAUCUACCAGGAGGUCGCUGCUGGUCGGACGGACCUCGCGAUGAUCUAUGGAGGCUUCUUCCUCUUGGUGAUUGGAUUGGUUGCGUCUGUGGCCUUUGUUCUGCACGAGACCUCGCAGUUGGAGGCUGUGCAGAAAGCUGAGAAAAAAGGCGAAUAA